AUGAUGCCAGCCUUGCUGCAGCUUGCAUUGUUGCCAGCUUUGCUUGCUGCUGUCUUGGAAAAUGAGAGCUCCGUCUUGUCCGACCAGGAAGAGACCUGUGCCCUUCAAAGGCAGUCAAUGCUUGCCAACUCGUCGGAAGCGGUCGGAAGCUCUUUCAGCAACAGCCAGGUGUGUGAAUUGCUCGGGGGGAUCUUCAAAUCAAACAAAUGUGGGCCCCGUUCCUGUGGGCGCCUCGGAGGGGGGGGCUGCAGCAGUCGCCCCGGUGGCAGCAACUGCUGCCUCGGUUCUUACGGCAACAAGCCCAAGUGCCACGAGUCGUGUGCUCCUCCUUGCAAUUGGGAGGGCUCCGCAGCAAACACCUACAGCCAAUGCUUCUGUGGAUCACACGGCUCUUUCACGUCUGUCAAGCACCCAAGUUCGAGCAACACCAUCUCCGGGUGCACUUACAAGGCCAACAAUGACUUGAAGGCGUACGCUUGGUUUCACGAGCACACAGGUUGUGGAGGAAGCAAUUGGCGAACUCCUUGGGUUGGUGCCGACAAAAGCGGCGUCCAUGGUUCCAACCUAAAUACUCGCAGGCGUCGGGUCCCUUAUUUCAACGAUAAGACCUCCUCCGUCGAGGUUUGUGUGGAUUCCAGAGCCGGCAUACUGGCAGCCGCGAACCUCUUCACAGACUACAGCUACAGAGGACGCAGGUUGACCUUGAUUCGCGAUCCGACCCACUUCAUGUCUCAGACCAGCAAAGAGUGCGCUGUUCCAAGUCCAGACCAGGUAGGUUUUGGCAGCGCAGAUGGAGACCCAUUCUCCAUUGUUGUGUGGACCGUCGGCACUGCCGUUUCGGUAGCGCUGGAUGCCGGCCUGAAGGUGCUUUUCGCUGGCGCCCUUUCAGUUGCCACAAUAAAAUUGGCUCUGGUAGUUGCAGCUCUCGGUGGAGCGCUGGUGGUCGUUGUUGGAGCCGUACUCUUGGCAGCUGUGGUUAUCUGGAAUGCGGCCAAUGAUGGGACACGCUACUGCUGUUCCUGGAAUCUGAACGGCGAGCUAUCGGGCUUCAAUGACAAGAUCUCUUCCUUCAUCGUCUUUCCUGUCUCCGUGCCCAUGCGAAUGGAGAACAAGGACAGCCGGUGGUGCCUCACAGCCGCAGGCAGCUCGUCGCGCAGUGCUAAUGGCAAUACCUGGGCUGCCAAUGCAGUCUACGAAGCCAGUUGCUCAGGAACAGACAGAGAGAAGUGGUACUUUCAAGAGGAUGGCCAGAUGAUCAAUUUUGACUCUGGCCUUUGCCUUGACGAAAGCCUUGGGGGUCGAUUCCCGGUGAAUGAUGUCUACGAGUACCGCUGCACGGGAAACGACAAUCAAAAAUGGGAACGACUCAGCGAUGGUCGCUUCAGAAACAUCAAAACCCGCCGCUGCUUGGAUGCAAGUCGCGGUGGCCAGUUUUCGAGGCCAAGAGUGGCCAUGCAGAAGAGCAUCAGCCUUCGGCAGUCCCGUGAGAUCAAGGAAGCCGUUGGUGCCAACGCCUGGGCCGUGAAUCAAGGAAUUGGCCUCAUGCACUUGGUGCACCUGCGGCUCAGACGCUUUGCCUCUGAGAUAGAGGCGAAAUGA